CUGUCAAUAUCAAAAAGACUGAGAAAAAAAAUCGAGUGGUAGAAAAAUACGAGUGCCUCCUUACUUGUAAUAAUGAUUUUCUGAGGUUUUUAUAAACUGUUCUGCGACACAUAUGCUCUUUUUACUCUCCAGUGUCACAUCUGUCACGUUUUGUUGUGUUUAUUAAUUUUCUAACGUUAAAAGGGAUUUGCCAAUUCCUCUUAGAUAUUAUUUAUAAACACGUAUCAAUUUUAAAUGAUUGCAUUGAAGCAGUCGAACCGUUAACCAGGGAAUUGUUUAGCGAAGGAAUUUUAAAUGUGCAGGUAACCGUUAACAUUGCGAGUGCCAAAAAGUUUGCUACCAUUGAAAAUGUCUAUGUCCGUGCCGCUGAUUUUUGCGGAGCAAGAUGUCGAGGGCGGAGGAAAAGAAGAAAAACAAGGAGGAAUACAAAAUGACAUCUGUUACAAAAACAACGUUCACAGUGCGGAUGUUAAAAUUCGAAUGGCUUUCCUGCGGAAGGUAUACGGACUUCUAAGCGUACAAUUGCUUAUAACAGUCAUCAUCUCCGCAGUUUUUAUGAUGUGCGAGCCAGUGAAAUUGUUCGUCCAACAAAACACAUGGAUGCUCGGUGUGUCUAUUGUCAUGAGCAUAAUAACGAUAUUCGUUUUGAUAUGGAAGGGAAAAGAGCAUCCGACAAAUCUCAUACUUCUGACGGCGUUUACCCUCUUUGAGUCGCAUCUUAUUGGCACGGUAGUUACAAUGUUCGACACAAACCUGGUUCUCGAAGCUCUGUUCAUUACGUUGUUCAUCGUAACUGGUUUGACUGCGUAUACUUUCCAAACCAAGAAAGACUUCUCUUUCAUGGGAUUCGGAUUAUUCGCAGGUUUGUCUGCUUUAAUGGUUGGCGGACUGAUUCAGAUAUUCGUCCAGAGCACAGUAUUAGAAGUCGGUAUGAGUAUCGGAGGAGCUCUAUUGUUCAGCUUGUUCAUCAUCUUCGACACAAAACUUCUUAUGAACACUCUUUCGCCUGAAGAGUACAUAAUCGCAGUCGUUAAUAUUUAUCUGGACAUUUUGAAUUUGUUCCUGUACAUAUUACGCAUCUUGACAGCAACCAGAAAUUAAAAGCAAUAUGACGUAUACAUUUUUUUUUCAUACAAAAAAAAACCAAGAUGGGCAGUUAAAUAUUAAUAUUGUAUACUAACCACUAAGAACAUACUUGUAAUAAUUAUUGUGAUGUACUAAAUUACUGGUCAUUGGUGUUUUACGAAUUGAUAAUAAAUUCGAUAUUUAAG